ACGAAUAAAUGUACAUUGCUCUGAGCGAACAGAGUAACUAGCAAAUAGCACCACUUGACAUAUGUCCUAUGUGUGUGGCUCAGACUCAAAUAAAAAAACACUUCACACACAUUGACACCACUUCAAGUGCAUAUUCAGAGGCAGUUGAUUGGUUUUGGAUCAUUGAAUUAUUAGCACAGUAAGCAUUGAUCAAAUGCUCAAAUCACAACGCAAAUAAAAAGAAGGAACAAAGUGGAAACGUUGUUGUUGGAAGUGAAGUGAUUAUUAUGGAGAUGUCUCUGCAGCUAAACUGCAAAACGGUGUUUCCCUACAGAGGCGGUGAUUGUGUUUCUGGCGUAUUACCUCGUCGUCAUUCAGUAACGUUUACGAGUGGUUACAUAUGUUCACCGUGCAAAGCAGGUUGGGGUGUUUCGUUCUUCCGUGCCAGUGCAGAUUUUUCUCGGAAGAGGCAACAGAAGAAGGUGCCAGUUGCAAGGACCAAGGGCACUGCUGGAAAGGGUUUUGUCCCAAGCAAAAAGAGUACAAGAGUGAAGAAGGGAGACACGUUAACUUCAGUAGUGAGUGAGGUUUCAGGGGGUGAUAAAAAGCAAACAGUUGAUGUCAAUGUUGAUGCUGAUAAAGAAGGGGAACUUGAAUUCUCCCAAGAGGAGAAGUUUGAGGCUGUAGAUAGAAUUGACGAAAUUGUCAGGGAUGUGGGGGAGUUAUCGUUGUUAGAUGAGACGGCGGGGGAGUUAUUAUUGUUGGAUGAGAGCAAUGAAGCUAAUAUUUCUGUAAUUGAUGAGGAUGAUGAGGUUCUUGAGUUGCGGAAGGAGGAGAUUCCUUACAAUGGAGGUGUUGGGAUUGUUGAAGGUUCUUCGGAAGAAGGUUUGUUUGACCGUGCACGAAUUGAUGAAAAUGUUAAAGAAACAGAUACUGAUGGUGAAAUAACUGAGGAAGCUGUUGAGGAAUCAAGCAGUGCUGCUGAUGAUAGAAUAAAUGAGGAAGCUGCUAGGCUGUUGAAGUUAGAGUUGGAAGCAAAUCAGCGCAGGCAGGAGAUAGAGAGGAUUGCAGAGGAAAAACUUUCACAAGGGAUGAAGCUGUUUGUAUAUCCUCCUGUGGUUAAACCUGAUCAAGAUAUAGAACUUUUCCUUAACAAGAACCUUUCAACACUAAGUGAGGAGCCAGACAUUCUGAUCAUGGGGGCAUUCAAUGAUUGGAAGUGGAAAUCUUUUUCCAUUAGGUUGAAUAAGUCACAUCUCAAGGGAGAUUGGUGGUCUUGCCAAUUAUAUGUGCCAAAAGAAGCCUACAAGGUAGACUUUGUGUUCUUCAAUGAACAAAAUGUCUAUGACAAUAAUGACCAAAAAGACUUCUGCAUACCCGUUGAUGGAGGAAUGGAUGCAUUAGCAUUUGAAGAUUUCUUGCUUGAGGAGAAACGUAAAGAAUUAGAAGAACUUGCUUGGGCACAAGCUGAAAGGGAAAGACAAGCUGAAGAGCAAAGGCGAAUGGAGGCAGACAGAGCUGCAAAGGAAGAGGACAGGGCACGGGCGAAGGCGGAGGUUGGAAGAAUGCGAGAAACAUUGCCACAAUUGUUGAAAAAUGCUGUAAAGUCCAUUGAUAAUGUUUGGUAUAUUGAACCUAGUGAAUUCAAAGGCAAUGAAUUGAUCAGAUUAUAUUAUAACAGAAGCUCAGGUCCUCUUGCAAAUGCUAAUGAAAUAUGGAUUCAUGGUGGGCACAAUAAUUGGAAGUAUGGAUUAUCAAUCGUUGAAAGGCUUGUCAAGUCUGUUCUAAAAGGAGGUGAAUGGUGGUAUGCUGAUGUUGUUGUACCUGACCAAGCUCUUGUCCUGGAUUGGGUCUUUGCUGAUGGUCCACCUAAGAAGGCAGUUGUAUAUGAUAACAAUCGUAAACAAGAUUUCCAUGCCAUUGUCCCUAUGGCUAUACCUGAUGAACAGUAUUGGGUUGAGGAAGAGCAGCAGAUAUACAGAAAAUUUCAGGAGGAAAGGAGGUUAAGAGAGGAAGCGAUACGUGCAAAGGCUGGAAAAACAGCACAGAUGAAAGCUGAAACAAAGGAAAGAACUCUGAAAAGAUUUUUGCUUUCUCAAAAGCAUAUUGUAUUCACUGACCCUCUUGAUGUUCAAGCAGGGAGCACAGUGACAGUAUUCUAUAACCCCUCCAACACAAAUCUGAAUGGCAAACCUGAGGUUUGGUUUAGAUGUUCAUUUAAUCGUUGGUCUCACCGUAAUGGUCCAUUGCCACCUCAGAGAAUGUUACCUGCUGAGAAUGGCACUCACGUCAAAGCCUCUGUUAAGGUUCCACUGGAUGCAUACAUGAUGGACUUUGUAUUCUCUGAGAGUGAACAUGGUGGAGUUUUUGAUAACAAAUUCGGAAUGGAUUAUCACAUACCAGUUUUUGGAGGUAUUGUAAAGGAACCACCUUUGCAUAUCAUCCAUAUUGCUGUGGAGAUGGCCCCAAUUGCAAAAGUUGGAGGCCUUGGUGAUGUUGUUACUAGUCUAUCCCGGGCUGUUCAGGAUUUAAAUCACAAUGUGGACAUCAUUCUUCCAAAGUAUGACUGCUUGAACCUUAGCAAUCAUCAUUGGCAUGCAUGGCUCCCAAUGCAGGUAAAGGAUUUUGACUAUCACAAAAGCUAUUCCUGGGGAGGGACUGAAAUAAAAGUAUGGCAUGGAAAAGUUGAAGGCCUCUCUGUCUACUUUUUGGAGCCUCAAAAUGGAUUCUUUCAGGUUGGCUGUGUAUAUGGUCGUGGGAAUGAUGGAGAGAGAUUUGGUUUUUUUUGUCAUGCCGCUCUCGAGUUUCUACUCCAAAGUGGAUUUCAUCCUGAUAUCAUCCACUGCCAUGAUUGGUCAAGUGCUCCGGCUGCUUGGCUAUUUAAAGACAACUAUGCACAUUAUGGUCUUAGUAAAGCACGAGUUGUCUUCACAAUUCAUAACCUUGAAUUUGGAGCCCAUUCCAUUGGAAAAGCUAUGGCACAUGCUGACAAAGCUACAACUGUCUCCCCCACAUAUUCAAGAGAGAUUGCUGGUAAUCCUUUAAUUGCUCCUCAUCUUCACAAGUUCCAUGGUAUAAUAAAUGGAAUCGACCCAGAUAUAUGGGACCCGUAUAAUGAUAAAUUCAUUCCUGAAUCAUACUCAUCAAAAAAUGUUGUUGAAGGAAAAAGAGCUUCCAAGGAAGCCUUGCAACAAAGGCUUAGUUUAAAAAAAGCUGAUCUUCCUUUAGUGGGAAUUAUUACUCGAUUGACUCAUCAGAAAGGAAUCCAUCUCAUCAAACAUGCCAUAUGGCGCACCCUAGAACGUGGUGGACAGGUUGUAUUACUUGGUUCAGCUCCAGAUCCUCGUAUCCAAAAUGAUUUUGUGAAUUUGGCCAAUGAAUUGCAUUCUGCUCAUCAUGAUCGUGCUAGACUUUGCCUUGCAUAUGAUGAGCCUCUUUCACACUUGAUAUAUGCUGGUGCUGAUUUCAUUCUAGUUCCUUCAAUCUUUGAGCCAUGUGGACUCACUCAACUCACAGCAAUGAGAUAUGGUUCAGUACCUGUUGUUCGAAAAACUGGAGGACUUUACGAUACAGUAUUUGACGUUGAUCAUGAUAAGGAUAGAGCACAAGCACAAGGUCUUGAGCCAAAUGGAUUUAGUUUUGAUGGAGCUGAUACUGGAGGUGUUGAUUAUGCUCUCAAUAGGGCAAUAUCAGCAUGGUAUGAAGGCCGUGAUUGGUUUAACAGUUUAUGCAAAAGGGUGAUGGAGCAAGACUGGUCUUGGAACCGGCCUGCUCUUGACUAUUUGGAGCUUUACCAUGCAGCACGCAAAGCAGAAUGAGAUUUAAAUGAACAGAGGAAGUAAGAUGCAUAUUAAAAUUCAUUCCUUUUAUACAGAUUUAGUGGUAAGCUAUUAGUCUUUAGAAUAAUUUAGUUGCAAUAGCAAAUCUUAGUGAAAAAUGCCGCAAGGUGACAUCAGUUUGUAGAGACAUUGCAGAAUACAUUGAAAAAUAGCAAAUAUUAGCUUUACAUGGUUUUAGUAUGUUGUUAGAGGUCAUGUUUUUAACUUGUGGAAUACAUUGCAGAAUAAAUCGAAUUCUGCAAGUUCUUUUGGUGCAUUACUGAUUUGAAAAUCAAGAACAGAAAAAAGAGCCAAACUUUUUUGUC